AUGGUCGGCGUAGCCCUCUACUCCCUCGCCCUGCUGUACACGCUGUUCUCGGCCGACCCCAUCAUCAAGCACAUGAAGAAGUGCAAGUACUGCAAGCAGCGAAUCAAUGAAAAGUCUCUUCGGUGCAUCAAUUGCACUAGCUGGCUCGACGGCCGAGAAGAGUAUCCCCGUUACACGUAA